GGACUUUCCCUGCGUCAAUCUGUUGCGCAGGUAAAAUUGUCGGCCCGCAUCUUUCAGUCCACACUUCUCACCUGAAGUCUCCUCGUGCCGACAUCUUGGGACUGCAUCAAAUCAAUCAUGAGGAUUGUACUUACCAUACUGUUCGUGUUGUCGAUGAUAAUCACAUCAAAUGGAUGUCGCGUGGUCCGUAUCUCCAACGACCGCCUGCCCCAGAACGGCUCCCCAAUGAUGACGACCUACUCGCUUACGGACAUGGCCUCAUCGGGGCGCUACGUGUACCGCAGCGACACCAGCGACUUGUACCUGUACUUCACCUCUGGAAAAUGGGUUGUGGGGAUUACUGUUGGAGCGCUAGAUGGGUACACUAUGUACACGACGGACGACCAUUUCAACGCAGACGAAAUAACAGGGACGUUCUUCUCCAAGCAGCACGGUGUCUGGGUAGAGUCGCCAGACGUCAACAUAUCAUGCACAGUGGAGAACGUCGCCCUGGGAAAACCUGUUUCCCAAAGCAGCACCCAUGGCUCCAAUACAGCGGAGUUAGCUGUGGACGGCGAGAAAGGCACGUCUGUGCCCGCCAACCAAUGUACCCUGACCAACCCUGAGGACGACCCGUCGUGGCAAGUGGACCUGCGGAGAAACCACGCAAUUGGAAGUGUGCGAGUUAAAAACCGAGGGGACUGUUGUGGAGGCCGCCUGCACGGUUUUAUUGUCCAGGUAAAACAAGCAGGCCAGUCCUGGCAGCGCUGCGGUGCCCAGUACAGCGAGACGCCGGAGGACGGACAGAGCAUCCUGGUUGACUGCGGACGUCCCAUGGUCGCUAGAUACGUGCAGAUCAAGCUGCCGGGAAAGUCAGAGAGUCUGUCUCUUUGCGAAGUGGAGGUGUUUACUUACGUGGGAUGUCCUCGUGGCCACAUCGUCUACGGGGGUUACUGCUACAAGCCCCACAACACCGCGAAGACCCGCCAGGAAGCCCUGACAACGUGCCGACAGGAGGGCGGCGUGCUGGCCAUGCCACGGCAUCGCCACACCAACCGGUUCCUGACUGGUGUGGCGACUCGUGUGGACACCCGCAGCGACUUUUUCAUCGGGCUGUCCAAGGAGAGCGAGGAGUGGGCCUGGGACGACGGGAAGCCACUGUGUGGGUACCGUGGAUGGGGAGCCGGGUACCCGUCCACAACAGGCAACAACUGCACGGUACUGCGCUUUGACGGCAGCUGGCAAGAUCGGCCUUGCGAGACGACGGCCAAGUUUAUCUGUCAAACCCAAUCUACAGUGGACCUUACAACUGUCGGGUACCAACAACAUGGCGAGGGGUUUUUCCGGGUUUCCACAACCAGGAAAACGUUUGAUGAGGCAAAGCUCGCCUGUGACCGGUUCGCCGGAGGCCGUCUUGCUCAGCCCAAAACGGAGGACCUCAAUGACUACAUACAAGGCAAGAUAGGAGAGGCGUCCCUGGACGAUGGCGCUAGAAUCGGUAUCAGAAUUCAGACAACUGAGGAGCCGUGGUCAUUUCUGGACGGGACCCAGGGAGAUACCUCCCACAGCAACUGGGCACCGGAACAACCCUCGGGAAAGGGCUGCGCUACGAUGACGUCAGAUGGCAGAUGGAGCAUUGGGGACUGCGAAGAAGAGGCACCCUACGUCUGCCAGAUUGGUGACGUGAGCAGCUGCGAGGAGGAACCUGUUCCAUUAGUGUACUGUGGUGGACAAGUGAGUGGAAGUUCUGGCCAGAUCUCAUCCCCUGGCAAUGAAGAAGAUGCCAACUACCCGAACAACCUUCGGUGCCGGUGGGACAUCACAGUACCAGAGAACAAACGGAUAGAGUUAACGCCUGUAGAGUUUGACCUGGAACGGAACGAUAGUCUCCAAGUGAACGACGUGUGUAUCCAUGGGUACAGCGUCGCUGUACUGACAGGAUCUGACGUUCCCUCUCCAAUCGUCACCAGCACCAACAAGGCUACGGUUUCCUUCACCUCCGAUGACUCGUACUCCGGGAAAGGUUUCAGGAUCAACUAUCGAGCCGUCUCCCUAUUCGAGACUCGAUCAUCGCGAAGUUUGGACGACGUGAUGCAGGAGCAAGGAAGAGUCAGAAGCGAAAGAGGCCUGGUAGGUGUCAUCAACGUUGUGGGUGGCAUUCUGUCGGGAGUCAAAAAAGUUAUGGACAUAUUUAGUAGCCUGGAGGAAGAUCGACGACACCAAGAAAUAAUGAACGUGAUGACUCAAGUCCAGAACAAACUGGAGGAAGUUGAUGACAAAUUUGAACAGCAAGGCAUCACAAAUGCAUUGAAUAACCAGAUCCAAUUGACAAAUAUCAUUCACUCCCCUUCUACAACAAAACUUGACGGUUUGCUCAGGCAGAUGAGCGAUCUGCGCGUGGAUUCAAACGGAACAUUUCAGCCUGAGGGAGACGCGCUAGCUCUGGCGCAGACAGUGUUAAGUCCGGACUCAGAAGGCAUGAGUCAGAUACUGGGCAACAUGCACAACUUGGUCAUGGGAAGGCCAUCUGUGUUGAAUCCGCAACAGAAGCCUAUCCUUGAAACGAUGGAGGCCUUUUUCAGGAAUGAAAAUCUUCAGAGUUUCGAAUACUGGGCCAAGAUGGAGACCAUCAGCGAAUAUUUCUUGGAAAGACAAGUCGCCGGAUAUGGGCUUUGGAUCUUCGCCAAGAAACUAACAGGCGGGACAGAAGAAGAGAUUAAUGGAAUCAUCAGAGAGGCACGCGGCAGGUUGAGUGAGCAAAUGUGCUCCUUGGCUCCUUUCUUCUUUGGAUGGCCAGCAGGCACAUAUGGUCUCCCAAAGACUACGGAAGGAUGUCCUUCAGGGCCCAAUGUUGACUGGGAGGACGGUCGGUAUGAACAUCAGAGAAAGGGCAGUUUCGACUGGGCAAAAGAUCGUCGAUUGCACUUCAGCGGACGUUUCUCCAGCAACAACCUGGCGAAGGAAUUUUGUGUGAAGACGAAUUCCAGCGGAGAUGCAGACAACUGGCCACGAGGGCGUUAUUGUGUCCUGAAGUAUGGCUCCUGUCCGAAGGGUCUGAAGUGGGGGAAGCUAGCAUUUCCGGGCGGCACAUGGACCGGAGUUGUUCCGGACGGGCGCGUGGACAGUGACAGCAUAGAGAUGGAGUACUGCUGCCAGGAAGACGGAUUUGCAUCGAACCCCAUCAACCUACCGCCGAGACGCUCGUUCUACAUGCUGCGAUUUGGGGGCGAAUGCCAGCAGGUUGCGGGAAUGACUGUGCGAGAAGAGUGGGUUGAGUACAAAGGUAACGGCUUCGCGGUUGGAGUGACCCCAGACGAUGAUGGUGAUGAUGACAACAGCCACAAGCUCUACUACUGCUUCUACAGCGUACCGGGCUCUAACAUCGACGCUACACAGAUCGUCGUCUCAGCAGCCGUGUCACACACAGCCAAUGUACUCAACUUUGUUACAAGCGUCAUCAUAAGCUGCGCAGCUGCUCUGUGGGUAGUCAGAUGAUCAGAAGUCUUAAAGGCAAUGCAAUUUCAGGGUGGCAAGGCUAGAUGUUCAACUUCAAUUUUCUGAUCAUUGUAUCAACCAUAUCCUAUAACGUACUGAUAUCUGCGAGCCAAACAUGUGAUGUCGCUGACGGAAAACGGUUGCUAUUUAUGGGCUAUACAAUAAAAAUAAAAUUAGAAUAAAGAGACGCCUCACGUGGCUUUCUGAGGCUAUUUCAAACACUUCAAUUAUGAGAUGAUGCCAGAAAUGCCUGAAAAAUGGCAUUAGAUGUCAAUAUCAGACAGUUUUCCAGUUUUACAAUUCUUUUUUUUUUGCCGCCCUGAAAUUGCAUAUUGGAUGUCUUAAACCACAGGAAACAGUACUUAAAAAGAAAGUAUUCUUCUUACAUUUCUUGUUACAUUGCUAGGGUUGGCGAGAUUUUUCUAGGGUCGGCCGGAAAGCCGGAAACACAACAUUUUAUUCACAUAAUCAUACAUGUACAUACCUGUAUUCAAUUUUAUGUGGUGAUGAAGUAGUAGAAAGUAUGAUCGUGAAAUAUAUUAUCCUUCCUCUAUAAGAUAUAUCGGAUUGAAUGAAAUCAACUUAAUAUCAUAUAAUUGUAGUUGUUGCAUUAAUUGAAGCACCUGUGAAGUAGUUUUUAAUCGUUACGACCAAGCAAUUCUGCUGACAAAUGAUUUGUACAUACAUGUGUGCGUGUGUGCUUGUUACAUUUUUUCAUAGUUAUCCUCAGAAUAAUGUAUUUCUAAAUUGUAGUAAGAGCAUUUUGUUUGAGACUUGGAUUUGACUGGAGUGACUGAAUAACUUUGAUGUUGGGUUAUUACAUGAGGCAAGACUGUAAGGGGAACAAAAUUAUAUUUGCUGUGUAUAAUGACACUAAAAUUAUAAACAAUUUUACGGUCAUCGAGCACAGACAUUUUUAAGAAAGGCUAUUUAUUUUGUAUGCCUAGUAUUGACGAAAUAUUGAUUUAAAUUUUUCCACUUAUGUUUGAUAUUUUAUUACUUGCAUUUUGACAUUUAUUUCAGUCAAAAAAAUCUCAUUUGCUUGUUUAUAUGCUAUUGGCCCAUAUAUUUGUGUGUAUAACUGAUCCACAUACUAUUGUAUACGUUUUGGUUCUGAUCCAAACUACUGUAUUAUCAAAUAGAACUAAAUAGUGGAGCAGAUAACAUCAAAUUUUGGAGGAAUCUUUCAAAUUGUGAUACAAGCACCAAACUUGGUACAAAUACUCAUG